CGGGAAGAUUUGCCCAAGCGCAGAUUAAGCGGGAUCUUUUUUGAUUGGCAGUGGCCGUAGCGCCUUAGCUGCCAUGUUUUGUUAAAUUCUUCAGUGUGUGGAGGAAUUUUGUUAUUCAACAUCCGCCCCUAACAGGAAGGUAUAGCUACAAUGGCGUUACACAGAAGACGAUUUCCGCACUAAACUACAUAAUACACUAAUACAACAUUUUCCCUAUCAAGAUGUCCGGACAGCAGCUUUAAACCAUGUUUCUUCUAAACGAGGAGAGCCUGCAAACAAUUGUUUGGCCCCCCAUUAGAGAAAAAGUCUCUAUAAAUCCUAACGCGGCACCUCAGACAUUUAUUUUUUAAAACAUAUUAUGAAGUACCCUCAAGUGGUGUCAAUGCCUUCGGCCGUCUCUAAUUGGCUAGAUGAACAGUUGGAAGCUCGUGGUAUCGAUGCAGUAGUAUAUACUCGCUAUAUCCUCAGUUUGCUACAUUCACAUACAGUCGACGUCUUGUAUCCAGAGGACGAUUUCCAGUUUCCAUAUUCUCACUCUAAAAAAGACGUGAGAAGAUACAACAGAGGUUAUUUAGGAUCGCACAGGUCCUCAUCUGAUUGGUGGAGACAUGUGCAUGCUGACGCUGAACAAAUCAAACGUUCAGCUGCCAUUAAGUGUCUCUUGUCUGCCUCUGAACAGAACUGCGAAAUAGAGUCUCUGGUUGACGAACUUUGUGAAAAACUGAAGGAGGUCAAUAGCGAAACCACGUUUCCCCACUUUAACUCGUCAGAAGUUAUAGCUGAAACUGUCUACGAAUCCAAGAAGAUCACGCCUCAAGAACUUGCCGAAAAGUAUUACGCCGCUUUCCCCCCUCUUUGUCCGCAAUCACCCUCCGAAUCUAAAUUGUUGUCGUUGAUACCCAAGUGGAGAAACGUCACCGCCUCCUCGUCUCCGUUGGUUACUUCUCCAAUCAAGAAGAAAUCGACCAGGAAGAAUUUGAAAAUCGGCAACGGAAACAGAUCCCAUGCCAAAGAAAGUCACGAUACAAUGAAAGCUCGCAACCAAACUAAACAACGUCUCAACUGUUUAGCUCGUAACAAGAACAACUUGCGCAACAACGCCACUUUCAACGGCUGGGACCUGAGCUUCUACCCCGCCAACAAUAAAAAGUUCGCAAACAUUAAACGAAAAGAGGAUCAGUCCGACAUGGAGGAGUCUUUCGAUCAAUGCGUAGAAAUUAACAGUAACAUUUGGGACAAUGAAGACGAAGUUAAUAUGUAUGAGGAUUUGCCUGUAGACAUCAUAGAUUUGCUGGAUUCUCCGAGGCCAAGUGAUGACACAGUUGAGAUGAUGAACAUCGCCAAUAUGAGAGAUACUGGAAAGAGGAGAUUUAUCCCAUACGGGACAAGCAUUAUGAGCUCCAUUUGGUCAACUGAUCAAGAUGUAACCUUUGACAAUAAUUUCAACUCAACCAUCGAUGCCUCACAGAACGUCGCCAACAAUACAGAAUUUACUCUAGACUUCAAAUUUAGCGCAAUCUCCAUUGACAAUCCAUCUGUCAAUUCCUCAUUCGAUGAUUGGCCACCAGCUAACUCUAUGGUUGAAAACGAGACCAACGCUCUCUUCGAAACAAACAAGGACUUCAGACACAAAUAUUUCUCCAAUGACUUCCAUAGCCUUCCUGGUAACUGGAGCGUUGGAGAGGGAAGAAAGGUGGACGAGGAGAAGGAAAUAUAUGAAACGGAAAAACUGUUGGCUUUCAGCUUGAUGAAGUUAAAUCAUAAUAAGGAGAAAAGUGGUUUUCAAGAAGUAACGCCAAGAUCUGCGUCUCAGCCAAAAGCCUUUAACCCUUUUGGAAAAUCGGUGAAUACCUUUAAUUUCAAGGCUGACAGGGAUUUUAUUGAGAACUCAGAUAAGGAGGAUUUGCUAACAUCAGAACGUUCUCAUUUUAAGCCUAUUUGUGAAAAAGAUGAGGUUCGACAUCAAUCUAAAUAUGCUGAUGGAGCAACAUUUAUAAUUUCCAAUAAUCUUGAUAAGGUGGAUUACAAACGAAGUGAAAGUGGUACGAUGUGGCUUGAAACAGAAUUCGGUCAGACUAAAAAAUAUUAUGAAUACAAGACGCAUGGGAAGCAUGUUUUUACUGAUUCAGUGGAACUUAUUCUUAAGUUUAGUAUUAACGAAAAUGACAAAGCUUGCCAAACGGAUGAUUGGGAAUCAGAUAACGAGGUCGAAAAUUAUACUAAAGUUGAGAAUAAAAUGAGCGUCAAUGAAAUGCCACAGUCUUCCACAAACAACGAUGAUCACUUAGAAAAUCCUCAGCACCACUGUGCCUGCCCUGACCUCACUACAGCCAACGCGACAACCACUGCUUUGAACAAGGAUAACUCUUCAGCUUGCCCUACAAACCUCAUCCAACGCCCUGAAAGCAUGCUCAGCGAAGUUGUGUGGAAAUACGAAGAAAAAUCGUGCGAGAAAUGUCAUGGAAAUAACAUGGCAUGGAGUAAUAAUGAUUGGUCUUCUAGUAAUAAGGGGCAGGUCGAUUCUGAUUGGGCUGAAAAUGGAUUAAGAAGUAUCUGGAGUGGAGGAGAGAUUUGUCAGAAUUGUUUGGUCCUAAAUGGUUCUAACCUACCCCGGCCUGCCCCUAACCACCAACUUCGCGAAGACAUCAGCCAAGAUGGCGAACAGCUUCUCUCUGAUUUAAGUACCAUACAGAAGUGCUACAUGGACGAUCUACCUGUCGUCGCUGAACGCUCCUUGGACAUCUUAGAACUGCUCUCGUCCGGCGUCGUUCCCAAAGAACGCAAAAGAAGGCACUCACUCACAGUUGAUCACAAUCCAGACACGUGGAGCUUCGCUUCGCGCAUCGAAGAAGAUUGUCUCAUGCAAUUGGCAGCUUUGCCAGCCCUGAGAGCCGUAACACUGUAAGAAAACACGAUAGGUUGGGUGAGUUAUGAUAAAGUCGGGAAAAGAAAUGAAAUUAUUGAUAUGUGGUGGAAUUUUAUAGAAACUUGGUAGGUGGUCCAACGUUUUCAAUUAUUAUUCUUUUACUUUGACUCUUUAUUAUUGCCGUGAAAAUUGUAAUACAUUUAUUUAAAAACGAUGGUUAAUUUUAAUUUACAUUUUUUGAGCCAUAUUUAACUGUUCAUUGCUGACAACGUGUAACCAAUAUGAAAGAAAAUUAUAUGAGCGCCAACUAUGGUAGUAUCUUCUUCUUCAUGUACCAUGUCUUUUUAGAACGUUGGUUACCAUCAUAGCUAUCUUAAUUUUAGUCGUCGCCGGCCUAAAUAGCAUGCUUGUAUCAAUACCAUACCAAUCUCACAAGUUUUUAAACCAUGAAGUUAUUCUUCGUCCUGGACUGCAUUUGCCUUCUAUUUUCCCUUGCAUAACAUUUUGUAGCUACCUAUAUUUGGGACUUCUCAUUACAUGUCCGAAAUACAGUGGAACCCCGAUAACCCGGAAGUCCAACCCGGACCGAUUUUCAUCAGACAAACAUUUCAACGAUAAAAAUGUAUGUAAUAUAAUAUUUGAGAGAUAAUGUGUAUUUGUGUAAUUUGAACUAUACGAUAGAAAAAAUGACUCAUGGCACAUAGACUAAAAGACUAUUUAAAAAAUUAUUUUCUAAACAAUGGUCUUAGUCUCCACUGUUCUUAAAUAACUUAACAUUCCGAUUGUGACCGUAUUGUGUGUAGUAUAGUCGUAUUUUUCGCUUCCGUUCUAUAAUCGUACCUCAGAUAGGUUUGUGUUUGCGUGUUUUUUGUCUACGCAUGAGUUUUUUUACCAAGAAAUGAACAAUAUUCUAUACUCUACACAACUAUACGUAAUUUAGAUGUGUACUGUGCAUAUAUAUUUCAUGUUAUUUCAAUUAUAAAGAAGUUUAUCACCGUAUUUUAUUAACUUUUACCAUAUUCUCCGGCUAACCCGGAUCGGCCGCGCUCCCGAUUAAUCCGAGUUAUCGAGGUUCCACUGUACUCAAUUCUCUUCUUGGUGCUUUUUAUAAUCUCAAUAGUCGUGCUGAGACGUUCUAUUAGUAUUGUGGAGUUUCGAAUCUUCUCCACCAAAGAAACUUUUAAAACUCCAUAGCACCAAAUUUCGAAAGCCUCAAGGCGAUUGAGAUCAAUUUUAUUUACAGUCCAAGACUCGACGCCAUAAAGUAAGACCGAAAACACGUAGCAGCGAAGUAGGCGGAUUCUCAAUGCCAAUUUUAGGCCUCUAUUACAUAGUAGACGACUUUAAAAUGUAUUAAAAUGUAUAAUAUAUGUCUGAAUUGCCGAUAUGAAUGAGUCAGAUUAAAUUAAGUUAUUAGAAGAUUUGUUUUACUAAGCAACAUAGACAAAAUUUAUUUAAUUUAUUAAUAUUUUGUAUUUCAAUAACAGCUUCUGAAGUUGAAGUCGAAACGUCAAUAAAUUUCAUUUUUAACUUAAAUUGUGGCUUAUUUCCCAAUAAAAUCGUAAAUUGCAUAAGAUGCCACAAAGAAACAGCUUCAGAACAAUACCCUUGUUUUGAAGUAAUCUGUCAAAUUACACAUAGAAAGAAGUCUUACUUCACUUUUAUUUAUCACAUAAAUAAUAACAGAUAAUAAUAAUGUCAGAUAAGUCCCAUCUCCCGUAUUAUCAAUACGUCCCCGAGAGAAUGCUUGAGGAUGGCAACUACAAGCUAUACUGGGACCGCACUGUGCACACAGACCAAACAAUGGCACAUAAUAGACCAGAUCUCGUACUAAGACAAACAACACUAAUUGAUGUGGCGAUACCUAACAACAAUAAUCUACGUAGUAAAUUUACUGAAAAGAUCGCCAAGUACAGAGAUCUGGAAAUUCAAAUACGAAGGCAAUGGAGAAUGCAAAGUACCCAGACGAUACCGAUUAUUAUGUCUACUACUGGAGUCAUUCCGAAGACCCUCCUCGAAAGCAUAAAAAAGCUGGGUCUAAAUGAACGCCUUUAUAAGACCAUGCAGAAAGCUGUACUACUCGCGACGGCCAGAUGCGUACGAAAAUUUCUGGGAGAAACUCCAGCAUACGAAGUCACCUAGGGCUCGAUAACACGGAAAGAGUCCCACCAGAGCUCAAUCCUUUUGAUACCGUAGGUAUCUGGGAGUGUGAGCCGUAUGGCUAAAUCUGGAUAAUAUGCAAAGUAGCAACUCUAUUUCUUCAUUAUUUGUGCCAGUUAAAGUAGCUAUUUCUAAUUGCUCUUCCAUAUUGUGAGAUCAGUAUUAUGGAUUAUGGUAUUCUUUAAAUGACAAAAUAAUUCAAGUCAACAUUUUACUCGUUUCAAUGAGCUUAUUUUAAUUUUUAAUCUAGGAUCUUAUCAUAGGUAACAAAUAGAACCUUAUAGGUUUUUCUGCUAUAGAAAAAUAUUUGUCUAAUAGUAUAUAUAAAAAAUGUCAUUUGUCAAAAUAAAAGAUUAUUUUAAAAUGUUACCAAUAACUCUAGUAUGCUGCAUUUCAAACGUUAGAAUCAGUGUGGUUGUAUAUUGCAAGCGGGUUUGCCGUAUUUCGCCCAUUCUGUGAAUUAUAAAUAAAUCCUCCUUUUGUAUACCAUGGCAGUUAACAGCGGUAAUCCUUUACAAGUACCUGCCUAGCGCUACCUUUCACGGCCACUGCCGUGAAGAGCGGCAAAGUUAUCAAGAAAAUUCUCAUUUAGUUUGCAUGACCCUAUCCUUUGUACACUGCAUCGCAUGUCUGAAAUAUGCUGUAGACAUGUAGUAUAUUGUACUUUAAUAAAGUAUCCUGAAAUAAAAGCGUCUUUCAUCUUAGCAGUUUCAAGUAAAUGUAAUGCAAGUCAACUAAAGCACAAUCUAUUGAUAUAAAUUUCAUGAUGAUACAAGAGACGAAACUUUUAUUACAAUUUUAUAUUAUGGCAAAUCAUUAUACGUUAAUUUGGUAAUAGAUGCCUUAGGCGAAUUUAUUAGAGUAGCAAUAUUUGAUAAUUCUUUAAGUUUACUGAAAAGUAAUGAAAUAAUUAAGUGUCCAAAGUUUAUGUAUUAUUUAAUUAAUACCCUUAAUUAAUAAUAAUACAAAAUAUAAUGAAAAUUUCAGUAGAAUAUAUAAAUUUCAAAGUACCUUUUCCGUUUGGACACAAUUUUAUAAACAAUUCCAAAUUAUUAAUUUUAUAUACAGACUGUUUAGUGUUUGAGUAGAUGUACCCCAAUGAAGGAAGCGCUAAAAUGAGAAAUGCGCACAAAAGAGAAAUUUUAUGACAAUGGGUUGCAUUGCCACUGUAGAAUGCAAUGAUGUAAAUUUUCGUUAGUUUUGAAUAUUUGUAACGUUUCGUUACUUUAACUAUUAUUACCCGGUACUUUAUACUUGUUACGUUCGGUACUUUUUGUUUUUAGGUAGUGUUAAAUAUCAAAUAUUCAUAAUUCAUAUCCGAUAUUGAGCAGUAUAAAUUUAUCACCCCGUAUUAUCACAUCAGCCAAUUUGUUAUUAUAUUUAAACAUGUGCGGGUUAUUUAAUUUGUUUAAUUGUUGCAAUUCAUAAACUAUAUUUUGGCAAUGGACAUUAAUUUAGCUGACUAAGUAAAAACCUUUGUUCUUUUGUCGUGUGGGCUAUGACCCAAUUCAUAUUGCCAACAAGAGAGAACCUACUUUUAGAAUCAUUCAUUAGAAUCAACUCAACCAGGCCAGAUGUGCCUUUGACUUCAUUCCUUCGAGUAACUUCAACGAGUCAAUAUGUAGCAUUAUAAUACACUAAAACUAAUUCGCGUACGAGCCACAUAUCAGUACGACUACGUUCUCCCGGGGUUGGUUCUACUACCCUGAUGUCAGUCGCUAUCAAUAAAUUAUCUAAGUGCUAUUGGUGUUUCAAUAACAGACGAUCAUCCUCCACUGAACCCGAAGAUUAGACAGGUAGAGUACAUCCACUCGAAGCAAACAAAUAUUUCAAACUAACAAAGUGAAAUAUUAGAUUCUUUUUCUGGUUUCUGGACCAUCGUUCUGUCAACUUUUCAUUUGUAUUAAAAAAUAGUAAAUUUAUUUUUAUUACAGUUGUAGUACUUAAUAAAGUAAUAAAUAGAGUAAUAUCAAACAAACCGUAAACCGAUUCUCUUCGGCAGACCUCUUUAGUGUUUACAUUUCACCCCGUCACCGCCUCGGUUUAUCUUCCGAAGUACUAAAAUACCGACAUGGACAAGGCAAUCGACAAAGUUUUUGUUUGAUUUGGUGUUACCGAAAUCUGGGUAUUUCGCCAAUUUACUUGUUGUUUUGUUCUGUACCGAAAGUACCGAGUAACGAGUAUUUCUACCAACGACGGAUCGGUACUUUGUGUAUUGGGCAAAUACCCGUUAUAGACGGAGAGGCUGAAAAAUCUCUUUGAAUUUACUAAAGCUAAAUUUUUCACAGUUGAUUACUGUGAUUGUGUAGAGAAACAUACUGCGGUCGGUCAAGCGAAACGUAGAACAGGGGUUACUGAGAGGGUAUCAAAGUUGCUUUCCUACGAAGGUAAUUAAAUCCAUUUACUAAGGCUGAAAAUCAGUACACACAUUCUAAAUUGAAUAUAAAUAAAAGUUAUUAUAGUCGGUCAGCUGUAUGACGGGACAGAGCCGGUCGGUCGGUCCCAAUGAAUGUACAGGGUUAUUCAAUAUAUUUUGACCCCCUUGUAAACUGCUUUAUUUACAGAAUUAGAAAAAAAUGUAAAAUACAAAAGUUAUUCGAUUUUUUAAGUAUGAUUUUUUGACAUAUCGUACUAGUGACGUCAUCCAUCUGGGCGUGAUGACGCUAUCGACUAUUUUUUUUAAAUGAGAGUAGGGGUCGUGUGCUAGCUCAUUUGAAGGGUUAUUCAAUUCUCUAUACAGUACUAUAAACAUUAAGAUCAUUAUUUAUACAGGGUGUCAAAAAAAUUUUGAAUUAUUAAUUAAACAAUUAAUUUAAUUAAAAAAAAUUUUUGGACACCCUGUAUAAUUAAUCAUGUUAGUGUUUAUAUUACUGAAUAGGGAAUUGAAUAACCUUUCAAAUGAGCUAGCACUCGACCCCUAUUUCCAUUUAAAAAAAUAGUCAAUUACGUCAUCACGUCCAAAUGGAUGACGUCGCUAGUAUGAUAUAUAUGUCAAAAAAUCAUAAUUUAAAAAUCGAAUAACUUUUGUAUUUUACAUUUUUUUCUAAUUCUGUAAAUAAAGCAGUUUACAAGGGGGUCAAAAUAUAGUGAAUAACCCUGUACAUUCACUGGUGCCGACCGACCAGCUCUGUCCCGUCAUACAGCUGACCGACUGUAAUAACUUUUAUUUAAUUACUUUCGUAGGAAAGCAACUUUGAAACCCUCUCAGUAACCCCUGUUCUACGUUUCGCUUGACCGACCGCAGUAUGUUUCUCUACACAAUCACAGUAAUCAACUGUGAAAAAUCUACCUUUAGUAAAUUCAAAGAGAUUUUUCAGCGCUGCCUCUUGGACUAUUACAUUGCAGUGGAUAGGCACUUUUUUACAUGGCUAGUGGCUAGUAGAAUGACGAAUGACUGAAUGAAUCGGAGUGACAUCAGGUGGGACGCAGUAUUGCCAUUUAUAAUGCGUAUAUCUAAUUGAAAACUAAAUGGUCUGUAUGUAUAAGUUCAUUAUAAUUAACGUUUAUAAGCGUUUUUCUAGCUUAUAUAAAUAAUUUGAGAAGUGUUGUAGCCACACCAAGUAACAUACACCAGUGUAACUUUUCCCGGUUUUUUCAUAGCGUCUCCCGAUCUUAAGGUUAGAUUUUGGCUUUGGAUUAUAAGAGCGGCAUCCGAUAUCGUGGUACGUCGUCAAGACGGCGUCUAAAAGAUAACUGCCAAAUUUGUUUCAGUGCAGAAUGUAGGAGCUCUUGUUAGGGAACAAGACUCGGUACAACACGAUCUGGUAUGCCGCAUGCUCUUUGCUUAUACAUAUUUAUUAUAUAGAAAAAGUUGUGAAAGGCUCCACAGGGAAGCCCUAAGGCUUUGUUAUGUUGUGCAUAUUUAUAGAUAAAACAGAUUCAAGCGAGAAUACUUUAGGUAUAGGGAGGCCGUUCCGUUUUCGACGUUUUAUUUUUGUUUUUUGUUAUUUUUGAUGGACCGCCUCCCUUCUACUGCAGAUUAAAAUGUAGGUGGAUAACGAAGAUUUUUUGUUAAAAAGUAUGGUCUAUACUUUUAAUUUGUUAAGUGAAUAUUUGUCCUUUCCCUUAUCCCAUUCCCCAUUCCUACAGUCCCUUGAUAGUACAAGAUGUCGGUCUGGAAAAGAAGAUGCAACGAAUCGGACUUGGCAAUGCUGGUAGUGCAAAGUAGAUUUUAAUAACAAUGAAUUUAAUGCAGAGAUUAUGUAUAUAUAAGUUACGAAACACAAUACCACAGUGUGCCUAUAUUCGAAAGUUUUAUGUAUAAUUCCUACAUACACUUUUAAAAACUUAAUGUAAAAAGUAUUUUCUUUAUAUAAUCAAAAUGGAUUGGUUCUUAUAGCCCUGGAUCCCGCGCCCCAAAAAAGAGUUUAUUAAUUAGCAAGCUGAAAAUUUGUUCAUUGCGUAACGGCGUUGAGUCGGACAAAUUUUGAUAUACGGGAACACUGGUUCAGGGAAGCCUCAAUUGUGGAACGUGAUAAACGUGUUAUCCUGACAAGUUUAUUAUUGUGAAAACUAGCAGGUUGUUUUUAAAUUUAUUCAAUAGCUAACAUUAAUAUAUGUAUAUGAAAAAAUGUUUGGCAUUUUAAUAAGUCCGAUACGUAGAACAUGUCAAAUGACAGGAAUUAUGUUGUUGAAACUAGCAGUCUGAUUUUUGCAUGAGAGUUUUUAAUGAAAGGGUAAAAAAAUCAAUUGGAAGUUUUGUCUGACAAAAUUCAUGAGACGUUUUCGUAGUCUGAUGUUCGAAACCUCUAAUUUUUGUCUAUAUCUUAAAGUUUCGAACAUCGGAUUACAAAAACGUUCCAUGAAUCUUGUCGGACAGAACUUCCAAUUGAUUCUUUUACCCUUUCUUUAAACUCAUGCAAAAAUCAGAAUGCUAGUUAUGACCCGCAUAACUCCUGUCAUUUGACAUGUUCUAUGUGUAUUACAAACAUUUUUUCAUAUAUUAUAUAACGUGGCUAUUGAAUAACCUUAAAAACAACCUGCUAGUUUUCACAAUCAUAAGCUUGUCAGGAUAACACAUUUAUUACGGUCCACAAUUAAAGCUUCCCCUGUUCCAGUGUUCCCAUGCAUUGUCAGAUUCGACACCGUUUAGCUAUGAACAAAUGUUCAGCUUGCUAUUAAUAAACUUUUUUUUGUUACGGAUCCAGAAUUAUUAUACCUUAUCAUAGGAUUAUAAAUUUAUGCUGAGUCCUACAGAUUUUACUAAAUGUAUAUUUUUCCAGAUACUUUAGAUUUGAAACAUACACAGUGUUUAAAAGAGCCUUAACAAUUUUAACAAAUUUGCUAAAGUAAAAGAUGUAAUAUUGCAUUGAAAUGUUGUAGAAAAAAAUAUCUCGAUAAUGUUUCUGUGAUGUUACAGAACGAUUCCUGGACGUGUUCUUUUCCAGACCGACCUCCAAACAUCAAAUAGGUAUUUUAUUUAGGCAUUCAAAUUAUUUUUUGGUGUUAAAUUGUUUCAAAAUUUUUCUCAGUUUUUUUAAAAUCACACCGGCUGUUUUGGUUUUCUUUUUCUGUUGUAUAUAUAGUUUAUUGUUAAAUUUUUGUUCACAUUUUUAGCGAAAUCAGAUUUCACGGUGUGAUACAUUGAUUGUUUUUGAGAUGAUUAUUUAAUCAAUCAUCAUGUAACUUUUUAGAUCUGCCGAUAAUUAUUAAUGAGAAAAAAACGCACUGUAAAUGCACUAAAACGACUUCUUUAGAGGCAGGUCUACCAUCUUACGUAUUUUACAGUUGACGUGUUUUUUUCGCUAUUAAACGGAAAGUUUUUUUUGUAUUUAGGUGUUUUACAUUAUAGCAUAGAUCUUUUAUUUCAACAAAUAGAUACAAAACACCUUGUCGACUAGUUCGGACAGACAAAAAAUAAUAGAGUGGUUUCAAGUCUAAUCAAAAAAUUUGUUAAAAAAAAAACAACCAAAAAAAUGUUUUCGCUGAUAACCUCUCCUUUUAGUGGUAUUUAUCCAAUAGGUACUUGGACUUUAAUUUAAGACAAUUUAUUAAUCAAAAACUGAACAGAGGAUUUUAUCAAGAAUAUAAUAGUGUAUAUAGUUUAACAGUUUAAACAGCACAAUGCUCAAUAUCAAUAUUUGUUUUCCUGUUCAGUUUUAAUUUACGUUUUAUGUAUAUUAUUAUACUAGCUGGAAAAGGUUCUUAUUUCAUAAAGUGGUUUCUUUUUUAAGCUUUUUUUAGUAUCGAACUCUGUGCGUAUACACAUGUACCAUAUCCGUGAAUCCUACUCCGUCUAGAAUUUACAUGUAGCAUCUUUUUUAGCGGCGUUGGUUAAGUAAAUAGUGAUAAAAAAAUAAUACUAAUAGUUGAUUCUAUUAGUUAAUCUAAUUAAUAGACGUAACACCUCAAAGAUACGCUACUGAAUGCAUGCCUACAUUCCGAUCAGUUCGUUGGUCGGAGGCAUCCAGUAACUUGACGCGAGAAUGCGUCAUUCUACCUUCCGAUCGGUCCGCUGGUCGAAGGUGUCAUUCUGCCCUCCUAUCAGAUCUCCGGUCGGGAGUGUCUGGAAAUUUGACGCAAAAAUGCGUCACUUACUUGUUGGGUUCGUCCGGUAACUUGACGCAAAACUGCGUCGUUCUAUCUUGCGAUAGGUUCGCUGGUCGGUGUCCGGAAACGACGAGAAUAUGCGUCAUUCAACCCUCCUAUCGCUUGUCGGAGGUGUCCGGAAACUUGAAGCAAAAUUGCGUCAUUAUAUCUUCCGAUCGGUCCGCUGGUCGAAGGUGUCAUUCUGCCCUCCUAUCAGAUCUCCGGUCGGAAGUGUCCGGAAACUUGACGCAAAAAUGCGUCAGUCACUUGUUGGGUUCGUCUGGUAACUUGACGCAAAACUGCGUCAUUCUAUCUUCCGAUUGGUUCGCUGGUCGGUAUCCAGACACUUUUGUGCACCUCACGGGGCCCCUCCCUGAUAAGCGUCUGCUGUAAUUAGGAUUUGAUACUUUAACAGUCAGCAUUAAAUGGAACGAAUUACUACAGAAUUUCUGCUUCUUUAACGUUUACCUCGAUGCUUAAAAGAUAAGCGUCGACGUAGGAUUCGCCGACUUGUUGCAUCUAACAUUUAUUGCUGCCGAAUCAUCUGCUAUUUCAUUGGCCUUAAAGUGUAAAAAUAUUAGAUGUAUUUUUGGCACUACAAGAAACUACCAAAAAUACUAGAUUUGUUGUAAAAGGUAUAUUUUAAAAUACCCUAAAAGAGGGUCACAAGACAAAACGUUUUCGGAUUAAGAAAUCCAUCAUCAGUGUUCUAAAAGCCAAAAAAUAGCAUGCUUGAGCCAGCAUCCAAAAAUGGCAUCCCAUUUUUUUUACUUUUUUUAGGGUAUUUUAAAAUAUACCUUUUACAACAAAUUUAGUAUUUUUGUGAUUUAUGGUAUACAGCCAGCUACAGGAAGUUUAGUUUCCUCGUGGAUUAAGAAACUACCGACAAAAGUUUGCAAACAUCUUAGCGAUGCGAUUUAUGACUGCAUCUGCUGCAAAGACUGCUAGAAUUUUAAAAACUCGAGACAACUCGAAAGACUAUGUGAUAUAUGCACUGUUCGAACGGCAAUAUUUUGAUUGGUAAAAAUUAUCCAAUCAACAGUAAUUGUAGUUCAAAAACAGUUUUGCACGCCUCAUUGGUGACGUGACCGAAAAUUCGCAGAUAUGGGAAAAUUUGGUUUGCACAAGUGGUACAAAAUCGAACGAGGAAGGUAAUUGUGGGUAAAAAAAUCGUCUUACAUACCUACAGUAGGAAAAAUGAAAGAAAACCUAUGAACGAACAUAUAAAACACGCUGUAUUUUCCUGUCACCGUGUCAUACAAAAAAUUGGCCAGCGCAAGUACAUGUAAUAAUUAUUAUUACUGGUACUUGCGCUGGGCAAUUUUCUUUGUGACACGGUGACAGGAAAAUACAGCGUGUUUUAUAUGUUCCUGCAUGGCUAUUCUUUCAUUUUUCCUACUGUACAUAAUAUGUAGGUAUGUAAGUACAUAUUUCGUAUGUAUGUACAUAUUAUGUAGCUCACCCCUUAUUUUACAGGGGUCGAUGUUCGAAAGUGUACAUGUCGAAGAUUGGUCUCCGCACCGAUAUCCUUUGCAUAUACACACCUUAAUAAGCUGCGCAUUUGAGAAGCCUUAGAAGACGAAAAUAGUGAAACUUGACGCGAAAAUGCGUCAUUGACCUUCCGAUAGGUUCGCUGGUUAUCGCAUUUCCCAUCUCUAAUAAGUGACAAUCCUUGUCCAAAUAGAGACAUUCUACUGUCAUUAUAAACUUUUGUGGACCUUAACUACUAAAACUGUAAAAAGUCUAAAACAGCUUGCUGUUUUAUCGGUGUAGAUAUUUUAUCCCGCUACUAGAAGUCGGAUGUUUAUUUAGCGAAUUAUUUUGGUCUCCAUUUUCUUCUAGUCAUGCAAACCUUAAGGCUAUUUAUUUAAGCAAUUAUCAAAUCGCAAUAACGUGGAGUUUUAAAGUUUGAAAAAGAAAUUUCACUAAACUAGAUGUUUGUACAGAUAUAAGACCUUAUUCUUAUCCGAUAUGUAUAUCUAAAUAAAAAAAAUGAAAACAAAAGAGAAACCUUAGUUUUAGCAUUGUUUCUAAAUAACAAGGUCCUCACGGGACCGAUACGUAGGUAUAUAAAACUAUUUUUUAUCGGAAAAAAGUAUAUCAGAGUUUGCUUUUGUAAACAAAAAAUUUAAGACCUUGUAAGGUGUGUGGUGAGUGCUGAAUAUUUUAUCAAAUAUUUUCUAGGUAUUGUUACGGUUAGAGUAUUUGUAAAGAUUGCAUAUUUCUUUUUAAAAGAAAUUCACUUACUCGCACAGUAUGGUCUGCAAAUUUUUAAAGCACAAAAAAAUCAAUUAAGACGGGCGAUUUGCGUAGUACCGUUCUUGGCAUUUGUCGAGGUGCUGUAUAUUUUUUCCAACAAUGUAGUUGAUUUUUCUGGCCGAUUUUUUAUCGUUAGGUGUUGUGUCAAAUAACAAUGUUUUUAUAUUUGUUAUUUUUGCAACAUUUAUGUUUAAAAAAUUCGUUUAUUUUAACAAAAAGUGAUCACAAUCCAGUUUUAUUUAUGUGUGGCGUAAAAUAAAUUGUUUUGUAUAUUUGGUUUAACCACAUGAAAGUUUAUUUUAUUGCGCGUGCGCACUUUAACUUGAACGUAAUGGGGCAGUAUCAACUAUGAAGUAUGUUCUUUCUCUCUCACUUUCUCUAGUUCCAUUCCUCUUUAUGGAGUAUUAGGCGCUUAUGCGUGUCUUAGCCAAAAGUGUUAAGAUUGCUGUCUGGCCGGGUAAGCGUAUGUCCUAUACCAGGGGUUCUCAAUCGGUGGUACAUGUACCACUGAUGGUACAUUUCACUAGGUGCGGUGGUACACAAAACGCGAAACCACAGCCAAAAUCCAGCAUAUUUGUAGUUAAUUAAAUUACCUACCUCCAUAGAUUCUUCAGUUAGGUGGUACCAAAAAUAAUUAUAAGCAUUUUGGUGGUACAUGGCUCAAAAACAUUGAAAACCACUGUCCUAUACUAAAUUUAAAAUCAAGAUGCAGUAGAAAUAAACAAACCAAGACACGUUAAAUGCUACUAGGAGCACUCCCGAAUCAUACGUAUGUCCUAUACUAAAUUUAAAAUCAAGAGGCAGUAGAAAUAAACAAACCAAGACACGUUAAAUGCUACUAGGAGCACUCCCGAAUCAUAAUUUACAAUCUAUUUACAUUGUAAAUCCCAAAUCAUGAUUUCCAAAGUUUAUACAUUGUAAAGUAUGAUUCGGGAGUGCCCCUAAUAGCAUUUAACGUGUCUUGGUUUGUUUAUUUCUACUGCAUCUUGAUUUUAAAUUUAGUAUAGACAUGUAAAGAUAAAUCUUAUCCGUAUUUUAACACGUAUGAUAAUCCAAAUGUCAUACAGUCGGAAAAAUGAAAGAAUACCCAUGAACGAACAUAUAAAACACGCUGUAUUUUCCUGUCACCGUGUCACAAAGAAAAUUGCCAGCGCAAGUACAUGUAAUAAUAAUUAUUACAUGUACUUGCGCUGGCCAAUUUUUUGUGUGACACGGUGAAAGGAAAAUACUGCGUGUUUUAUAUGUUCGUUCAUGGGUAUUCUUUCAUUUUUCCUACUGUAUAUCGCUUUAAAGGUUGCUUAGUUAGUAGCGGCUUAGGGAUUCAUUAGCAAUAACGGCAAUUCAUUCAUUCAUGAAGAGUAGGAAAAUGUUUUAGAAUGGCCUAAAUGGACCAUAGGUACUAAUUGGAACUAUUUCUGACCUCAGGUCAUCAAUAUAGCAUCAGUUCACACGAGAGUUUGAAUGUUUCUCGAGGUUGCGUCAUUUGUUUUAAAGUGCGUACUCACAUGAUAAAUAAUAUUACCUCUUCAUUAAAAUAAAGGAUGUCCCCGAAAAUAGUGCGUUCCUUUAAGGUAUGGAUAUAAUACACAAUGUAGAAAAAAAACUCCUAUAACAUUUUUUCUAAAUUUAACCGUUUCCAAAAAUGAUUCAUUGUUCGCCAUAUAAGCGAACUUUUAUUUUCAUAAAAUUAACUAAUUUGUCAUCACUGUACAAGAACUGUUUGUGAUUUAGUUUGAAACAAACAAGAAUUUGUUUUUUUGUUUAGGAUGAAGACAGGGUUUAAUGUAAAUACUUAUGGCUAAAAUGCUGCAACUAUUUUUGAAUUGUGAUUGUCUAUGUUUAGAUUUUUGUAUACAUAGUUGUCAGAUUUCAAUUUGCAUACCAAAAUUUAUUUUGGUUUUUUAGCCAAACGGUUGCAUUUAGAAAAAAAUGGUACAAGACUUUUUUGCUCUACAUGGUGCCUUCUAUCUAUACCUUUAAGGAACGCACUAUUUUCGGGGACACCCUGUAUACUGCUCUGAUUCUAUGCAGAGGUUGCUGAGAAAAGUUUUAAAAAUCAAAAAAACGAGCUGAACUAUUAUAUAGAUAAAUUGCGUUAAUAUUAUUAAUAUUGCACAUAUUUAUAUGGGUUUGGUAGGCUACAAUAAUUGUACAAAAUCGUAAUAUAAUUCUAGUAGCUAAAUAUUAAUCAACACUAUUCAUUGUCCUGGACUUUCUCUAUUAACUUUUGACAUGUUAGUAACAUUCAUUCUAUGUGUAGCUUUAAUCAUAAUAUAAUUUAUAGAUUUAUUCGCUCUGAAUGUUGAUCCAUCACAAUUUGGCAAAAUUUCAUAUACACAAGUAUUCUUAGAAACAAUUUCAAUCCUCGAUCAAAUAUUUUAAUAGGAGAGUGAACAGUGGACCCUUAAACAACAAAUACACUAAACUUCGGAAAAAUAAUAAUCUAAAAAUGUUUGUACUUCAACAUUUUGUUUGUUGGAUAUACUAAACAUGUAAUAGGUGUAAAUGAUAUAAGUAAAAUUUAAUAAAAAAAGGAUGUAUGUAUGUGUACUUUGUAAACAAGAGCAUCAUCAGUGUUACAAGAACAUGGUGAGCCACCCAAAAAUACAAAGGUGAAAACCUUUUACAAAUAGACUAAAAGUCUUAUAUGUAUAGAAAUAUAAUAAAAUCCAAAGGAUGGAUAUAAAAUCUUAUGGAUAUGGCCUUAAGACAACAUAUAUGUUGUCCUAAAGCCAUAUCCAUAGGAUUUUAUAUCCAUCUUUAAAAGGUUUUCACCUUUGUAUUUUUGGGUGGCUCACCAUGUUCUUGUAACACUUCUUGUUACAGAGCGAAAACGUUUUGUUUCUAUGUUUGUAGCCUUAUAGGGGCUUUUUAAACUAAUAUACCUUUUACCAGGACAAAACAGUUUUUAUUAAAUUUUACUUGUAGUUAAUGAUAUUAAGCGAAAGUUAGUCUUAGCUCAAGAUAUAAUUCUUGAAAGAAUGCUUUUUGUAUCUAAUUAUAGUAAAACACGUUAUAUGUACCUACCCUCACUCGUAGUGCCACUUGUUGUAAAAGGUUUAUUUUGUAUAGAAUUGCUGGGUAAAUGUGCUGGAUAAGAUCACUUUUUGUAAACUAUAAUAUCCUUUCAUUUCAUGUUAAUCAUAUCAUGUUAUAAUAUUUUGAACAUCAUUUUAUUACGUUAAUUCCUAUUGAACGUAGUUUUCGAUUUAAAUAAUUUAAGUAUAAUUUUAGUAUUAUUAUUUUGAAGCAUUAUUCAGUCUUUUCUUUUUGGACUGAGUAGCAUGUACCGAUUGGAGUGUAUGUUUUUAUAAUUUUUUAAAUAAAUAUGAAGAAUUUAUGCACCAAUCGAUAUGUGUAGCAUAGAGUAGUAACUUUACUUUAGUGCCUCUUUACGAUAGAAUAAUUUCUACAUUUGCCUUAAUGAGAAUUAUAUGUAUUUACCUCUGCGGUCAAAAAUAUAUUGGGAUUCUCUAUUUCUAGCAUAGAAAUCGAGUUUCUAUUUUGGAAUAUGGCUAAAUGUAUGAAUAAUAUAUAAAAAAACAUAAAAAAAUCUAUUUGUUUUCAGCUAGAGUACUUGCUUCACAUGAAAAAAGUUUAUAUAAAGUGUACACUAAAGUAACAGUUUAUUCAUAUCUAGUUAUUAGUACAUGUUUGUAGCGUGAACUUCUUAUUUAUAAUAUAUUCAUCAGUAAACAUGGGAAAAUAAAGCAAGUACACUGAA